AGUGACGUUUUUUUCAGUCGCCAGAAGGAGGGUCGUUUGAAAGCUAAUAACUUUUGUUCGGCCGUUUACUAAGAAAACAAAUAUGCGUUUUUUCAACGAUAUAUAACCUUAUUUUUUAAGGUUAACAAUGAGUUUUGAAAGUAUGAUAAUUUUCUGUCUAGCUAACGUUAAAGAAAUCGCUUGAUGGCUUGCUAGCAACUGCUAUCUGCUCAAAGACUGUUCGGUGCGGGUUCCUCUCUUCAUACCAACACCUUGGAACAUUCUGAAGGAUGGCAAGUGUGCAUGAAAGUUUGUAUUUCAACCCAAUGAUGACGAACGGAGUGGUCCACGCUAAUGUUUUUGGAACUAAAGACUGGGUCAGUCCUUAUAAAAUCUCCGUGUUGUCUUUGCUGUACGAGAUGACAUCGUCGUCGAAGAUUACUCUGCCGGAAAGAAGACGCCUGAACAAGCUUAUUUUACCUCUCCAGCAGAGCUCGGACGUGUCUCUUGGCCAUUUCCUCAAGACUGUGGGAGAGUGUUGUUCUGAGACUGCAUAUUCCGUCAAAAUAAGGCUUCAUGAAAUGGUCAACGGAGAGCUGAGAGACAUGGACUGUUUCUUUUCCACUCUGCCUACUCCCUUCACGGCUUUUGAUUCAGAGGCGUAUAAAACAAGUGUUGUGGGUCUUUUCAUGAGACACAUGUUGCUGGCCUAUAAUAAGCUUUCCUUCAGUCAGGUGUACAAGUUGUACAAGUCCCUCCAGCACUACUACCACAAUAACGAUCCCAAGCCCACCGAAGGCCAUAUGUGUUCAAUGGCAAUGGCUGUUGAUGAUUGUGAUAUGGAUCUCACCAGCACUGAAGAUACGGUUGGGGACCGACUAGACAGAGACGACAAGGACAACUUUUUAGACCAAUCAGAAAUUGGGCAUGAAAUUACACCAAGCAGAGGUCCCCUGUCACAAAAACAGGCAGAGUACUUUCUUGCGAGACAGGCAUACCUUCUGAAAAAUGACGAGUGUAAAGCUCUGAAGCCUGCAUUGCUGCAAGAGGAACUCAACAACAUGCUGAAGUUUAACCCAGACUUUGCUGAGGCGCACUACUUGAACUAUCUUAACAGCAUCAGAGUACAGGACAUCUUCCUUUCCACCCACAGUCUCUUACAUUAUUUUGACCGCCUCAUCUUGUCUGGGAGUGAAGGAAAGAGCAAUGGAGAAGAAGGCUACGGCAGAAAUCUCCGUUACGCCACCCUCAACCUGGCCAGCCUCCACUGUCGCUUCGGACACUAUCAGCAGGCUGCUCUAGUUCUGCAGGAAGCCAUCCGCAUCGCCCAAGAAUCUAAUGACCAUGUCUGUUUGCAGCACUGUUUGAGUUGGCUCUAUACACUGGAACAGAUGAAGGGAUGCGACAGCACAGUUUUAACGGAGGAUUCUGUCAAAAUGGCUGUUCAUUUCUGCCUGCCGUACCUGGCCUCACUAGGCAUCCAGUCUUUGGUCCAGCAGGGGACAAGGCAAGGGAAAACUGCACAUAAACUGAUGGAUGCGCUGAAGGACACGGACAUCCUCCACUGGAAGCACAGCCUGUCGGAGCUGAUCGAGAUCAGUUUGGCUCAGACAACAUCCAUAUGGAGGAUGUACGGCAAAAGCACGAUGGCUCUGCAGCAGGCCCAACUGCUUCUCCACAUGAGCAGCUUGGAACCAGUCAAUUAUGGGGUCCAGCAGAACAACACGGAGCCCUUCAAUGUGGCUCUCUGCCAUCUGGCUGAGUUGCAUGCUGAGCAGGGCCUGUACGGUGCAGCUUCAGACAUCCUCCAGCACCUGAAAGAUCAGUUUCCUGCUCACACACAGCAUGCCAAGCUCUGGAUGCUAUGUGACCUAAAAAUCCAGUUCGAAAGGCACAUGAUUGAGGGAAAAUACAACUUGGCAGAGCAGCUGAUCACGUCUAUUUCUGCUUUAAACAAAACCGAGGGUCUCUUCAGGAAAGUCCAAGUUUUAAAAGUUCUUAAUCGAACCACUGAGGCUUACAGCAUCUUGCAGCGACUGCACAUGCACUGCGAAAAGACCAAAUGCACAGAGACAGUUAUCAGAGUUAUGCUAUCUACAGCUGAACUCCAUUGGGAGUCAAAUGGUUUCUCGACAGCCCUUCCUCUCCUCUUCCAAGCCUUGGCUCUGGCCCGACAGCACCACCUACAGUCACUGGCCUCAGAGACGCUCCUCCACUUGACCUUCACACAGUUGAUGUUGGGUGUACCUGAGAAGGCUCUUCUUGUCUUGCAUGAAGCCAUUGAGCCUGUUCUGGCGCACGGAGCGCUGGUGGACAAAGGUCGCGCACUGCUGCUGGCAGCCCGCUGUCAGAUGGCUGUUGCUGGAUUUAGGCCAGAUAGUCAAGGGCAAGCAGCAGAUUUACAAGUUGCUGUUUCGGCGGUGGAGAUGUUAAAUGAGGCUGCUGCCUAUUUCACCAAGUUAAAUUGCAAAGAGCACCUGCGAGAGGUCCACUACUUGCAGGCUCAGCUCUACAAUUCUUUGGGACAAACGUCACAACGCAACAAAAGUGCCAUGCUCUUUCGCCUUUUGGACCAGGAGCUGCGGUCACCCGCACUCCCACUGUCUAUGCGUCUCUAAUUCUCCUGGAGUUUUCAAAUGAAGCCAAACUUGAUCACUAGAUGGCAGUAAGACCCCGUUCUGCUUGGUUGGCCUCUAUGGACGAUGUCAUUGUGUAUUUAUACUGUAAUUGGACAUGAAGGUCAGUCACCUGUUGUCUUAAGUGCAUAAGCCAAAUAAAAUCAGCACUCCGAGAUUUGUGAAGAAUCAAAUUACUCCAAUCCAAAACCAUUAUUUGUAAAGGUGCUGUAGUUCAGGUUGCUAAACAUAACGGUUGAAACAAUACUAUCCCAGCUUUGUCAGCCCAGGUUUGUCAGACACUGGUAGAUAAGGCGAAAGUUUAUCAGGAGCUGUCAUUCCGUUGCAGUUUUAACAGCAGCUUUUUGAUGAAUGGAGGUAAUCUUGCAGCUUCACUGGCCUGGUUUAUUCACAGUCCGCUAGGAGAAUACUGAUGAAGAAUCCGCAGGAGGAAAUUGUCAUUCCAUUUGUAGGAGACCUGCCAUGACAUAACUAGACACUGUCUAAAUCCCACUUAGCUUUGACUGCGUGAAGACCGAUAACGUCUAUGUUUUCUGACAGGAUAUUUUCCCCCAAAAAAACUCAA